CAUGGGUGCCUCCUCUGGCCCAUGCACAUUAGGCCCCUUCAAUAGAUGCACCUUCUGCCACACAAAAGCUCUGAGGGCUUUCUCGGCAAACUGUGCCUCCGGAACAUUCCCGUCAGAGGAGCUUCAGCCAUCAUGAAGCAAGUGCUGGUGAAGUUACUGCUUUUACUCAAGAGAUUUGCCCCGUCAGUCGAAGACAACUGACGUCCACUGGUGCUUUUUUUCUCGUGUCUGUAUGGAGUCAGUGUACAUGGUGGCAUGUGGCUGGGAUUAGGGAAUUUCACUGUGGAUUAAAAUCUUUUCCAACGCCUCGAUGGCCACUCGCUGAAAGAAGGAGUGAGAAGUUGAGCCGUGAGCAGUCCAUGGUCUCAGUUAGCAGCUCCAGGAUGCUCCGGCUGCUCCAGGGACACCGAAGUUGCAAAACCCGUCUGGUCACCAAAGACGGGCACUGCAACAUCGAGUUUGGCAACAUCGAAUACAGCAACCAUUUCGCCUACCUGGUGGACUUCUGGACCACCUUUGUGGAGAUCCGCUGGCGUUUUGUUUUCCUCCUCUUUGUGGCUUCGUUCAUGGGCAGCUGGUUCAUUUUCAGCCUGUUGUGGUACUGGAUCGCAAAGAGCAACGGGGAUCUGAGUGGACAGAACCGCACAGAUGGACAUGUCCAGUGUAUAGACAAUGUUAACGGCCUCACGACGGCUUUCCUCUACUCUUUAGAGACCCAAACCACUAUUGGGUACGGCGGUAGGUCGCUGACAGGACACUGUGCCGGCACGGUGGCUCUAAUCAUCCUCCAGUCGCUAAUCGGCGUCUUCAUCAACUGCUUCAUGUGUGGCGUAGUCUUGGCAAAGAUCUCCUCGCCCAAAAAAAGGGCAAAGACUGUCCCCUUCAGCGACACAGCCGUCGUCUGCUUGAAGAAGGGCAGUCUGUGUCUCCUGAUCCGAGUGGCCAACCUUCGCAAGACCUUGCUUAUCGGCAGCCAGAUCUACGGCAAGCUGAUCAGGACAACGACCGCGCCAGAUGGAGAGACCAUCAUUCUGGACCAGGUGGACGUCGACUUUAUGGUCGACGCUGGCAAGGACAACUUGUUUUUCGUGUGCCCUCUGACGCUCUACCAUGUGAUUAACAAAUCAAGCCCCUUCUACGAACUUUCAGCCGACACGCUCCCCCAGCAGGACUUUGAGUUGGUGGUCUUUUUGGACAGUACGGCCGAGUCCACCAGUUCGUCCUGUCAAGUCCGUACUUCGUACAUCCCACAGGAGAUUCUAUGGGGCUACAGUUUUCUGCCCAUCAUCUCCCGCACCAAGACGGGAAAGUACCGCGUGGAUUUCUCAAACUUUUCCAGAAGUGUGCCGGUGACGACGCCGCACUGUGUCCACUGCUUCGAGACGGACGCAGACCAGCGAAACCACAACGACCACAACCAGCAGAAGACUGGCAUCGACAAUCUGGGCUUUCAGGCGAUUGACGUUCAUGACUUUGUGGACAUCACCAAAAUGUGAACGGAUGGAGAUAAGAUUCUAAUCAUGGUGUCAUAUCGGUGUCCAUUGUUGAAAGCCAAUCAUAACGUUUAAAGGUAUCGCUACAUAACUGUAGGGUGGUGAACCUUUUCAUACAUUCACACUCAAACAUUACCUGGUUUUACUUGAUUUAUUACAGGAUUGUUGUUUCUGGAUGAGAGGAUGUACACAAUAGUAUGUCCAAAAACCAGAUGCCUCUCAUGGCAUUUAACUCCACCCUUGUUAAAUGAGAUUUUCCCCCAACUGACUGUGACUCCCAAUUUGCCUAAUCCCCAAAUCUGCAUGUCUUUGGACUGUGGGGGGAAAACGGAGAACCCGGAUGGAUGGAUGGAUGAUUGUGACAUCCAGUGGUUAAAAUGUGGUACUACAACUACAAAAGUAUUGCAAAAACACAAAAAUUGCUCUGAGAGACAAUGUUGAUGUAGCCUUUCACCAAUCACAGAGUGGGUGCUCGUGUUCGCUAUGACACUACUAUUACUAUGUGGAAAAAAUGCUAUUUCGAGCACAGGCAACAAGUUGCGAAAGAGUCUAAAAGAGACUCAAGAGGUUGUUUUGUUGAUGAAAUGGGUCAAUCCAUGCUUAACUGAUGAUCCAGUAUGUUUAUGGCAGCCCAUGGCCAAGUGGAAGGGUCGCUGGUUUAAAUCCCAGGACAGGUUUUCUUUUUUACUAUUUUUAAGGACUCGCCAAACGGGAAACUGUUGUAACUUCACGAUAGAAGGCCCAAUCACAACCAAAGGUGCUAUGGUUCUAAUUCUUCUUUCACAACCUGUGGAUGAAACUCAACAAUCUCCCAUUUUUCUCCCUGCAAUCCUGUCUACUGCAGCUUUAUUUUGAAUAUAAAUCAGACUUGAGUCAGUCUGUGUGUGCACACUGGAGAGGAAUCAUCCCGAUUUCUCCCGGUGGACUUUAACAUUUACUCGAGUCAAACAAUAAAAACGUUCAAAGCUGUUAAAACCGUCGGGAUGAAACACUUCGAGAGAUGAGCGCGAGCUAAGCUGCUCGUUUCAAUCAAAACAUCUCUGGGACUUUGUGCCGGUGGAUGUGUGGACGCUGGAGGAAGAGGGAUUGAAGUUUCAAACACUGGAAGGCACAGUGUGUAACGCUGUAGAAGAUUAGAGACUUGAGCCUUUUAUAAUGAAAAACUGUCUACUACAAAGCCUGAGUGGGGACAAAAUAUAGGACAGGCCUUUUGAGUUUUCUCAUUAUUCUUACUAAUUUGCUAAAAAAAAAAAAAAACACCUUGUUUCUUUUCCUCUUUUGUCACGUGUGCCUCGGUUAUUAGGAAACUGUGAAUGUGAUUAUUUGAACUCUACAAUGUGUAGAUCGUAACGUGCAACUCUAAAAAUGUCUCAGGGAAAAUAACAUCUUUAGUUUGGAAUAAACUUUUCUUUUUCCAACA